AUGAUGGAUCUCAAUGACAUGGUUGAUGCCGUGGGAUACAAGGAUUGGGUCCUCUCGGAAACAGGCCUUGGCGAUGGACAGAUCCAGGAACUGGCUCGGGAUGAGGAUUUUCGAGAGAGCCCAGAAUAUCAGGCCAUUAUGGAUGCGGUCGACAGGCACUCCACUGAACUCCAAGAGUUGACUCAAGUCUUCACGGCCUGUAAAGAAGAAGUGGAAGGUAGCGUUUCGGCCGUGGGAACCGGAGCCAUGGUGGGAACCUUCUUGGCAGGAGUCAUGGAAGAGCCCAUUAUUUUGGACCGAUCUCCAUCUGGUCCACCCCACUUCAAUGCCACAACAAGAACUCCCACUAAGGCCCCUUCUGUUGUCUCCGCCGAAGCAUCCCCCAAAAUGCCGACAUCAGCACCUGUCACUCUGAAGGGGCCCGUAUGUCUCGUGGGUCUCCACUUACAGGCUGGUUUGAUAAUUGACGCACAAAUAUCCUUCUUUAUCGGAGGCGGGACCCGCGAUUGCAUCGGAUAUCAGUUUGGGCCGGGGGCCGAAGUCAGUUUGAUUCUUAUGUACGUGAGUGGCAACGUGCAAGCCAAUUUCUGCAUGUUCGAGCUAGAACUAGGAUUGGGACCUCAUGUGGGGACUGCCUUUGGAGGAGGCACCGGGUUUGACGUUUUUGAGGUCACUAUUGGAGGUGGGGUUGGAUUUGGAAUUGGCACUACCUACUACUUGCAGCUUUUCAGGUUUUACGUGAGAAUGGUCAGGAUCUUUGCGUACCCGGUACAACUGACUUUUGCAAGAUAUUUGCCCUUGUACUGGAUGGCCUCUCGUACGAUACCGGUACGGUGGACAUGCGGGCAAUCUCAGUGCUCCUAA